GUCAUAAUGUUUUAGCAGUAAAACUUUGUGGUGUGAUUGUGCUCCAAUUUGCAUUUUCUUUAAUUAGUUAUAUUUUAUUAUUUUGGCACAAAUGUUAAAAACAAAUUCAAAUGGUAGUUGUCGAAGUGUAUCAUCAAACUAAAGCAAGCAUAGUCAAGAUGACAAGCUCUGCAAGCACAUCCAAUGUGGCUAACACAACAGCCUCUGUAUCUGGUGGAUCUGCCACUGCUGCAGGCCCAAGCGCAAGUGGUGCUGAAUCCGAAUUGACUGCAAAACCAGCAUACCCACGACUCUUUAAUAAAAUUGUACUAACGUUGGAAAACAGUCUUAUCCCGGAAUCAAAGCUCAAUGCGACUCCAUCGCAUGUCGAUGGCUUAGAUCCAGAGACGGAGAAAGAUUUACGUAUACUGGGUUGCGAGUUAAUACAAACGGCAGGAAUAUUACUUAAAUUGCCUCAAGUCGCAAUGGCAACAGGACAGGUUAUUUUUCAACGCUUUUUUUAUUCGAAAAGUUUUGUGCGAUACAACAUGGAAACUGUUGCAAUGAGUUGCGUUUGCUUGGCGUCUAAAAUUGAAGAAGCCCCACGCCGUAUACGAGACGUUAUAAAUGUUUUCCAUCAUAUUAAACAAGUGCGCGCUCAAAAGGACAUAGCGCCAAUGAUUUUAGACCAAACAUAUACAAAUCUAAAAACACAAGUUAUAAAAGCGGAACGACGAGUUCUAAAAGAAUUGGGUUUUUGUGUGCACGUCAAACAUCCGCAUAAACUUAUUGUCAUGUAUUUGCAAGUCAUGAAGUAUGAAAAACAUGAGAAACUUAUGCAAAUGUCGUGGAAUUUCAUGAACGAUUCACUGCGCACAGAUGUAUUUAUGCGUUAUCAACCAGAAACUAUUGCUUGUGCUUGCAUAUACUUGAGUGCACGAAAACUCGUAAUCCCCUUGCCAAAUAAUCCACCAUGGUUUGGAAUAUUUCGAGUAAGCGAAGAUCAUAUAGUUGAUAUUUGUUACCGUAUAAUGGAAUUAUAUAUGCGGGCUAAGCCAAAUGUCGAAAAGCUAGACGCUGCCGUGGAGGAAUUAAAAAAACGGUAUAUGGAAUCUCGUAAUAAAAACAAGGAGCAAAAUACUCCGCCGGCAGUUACCACAGUAGAUCGCAAUAACGGCUCACAUAAUGCUUGGGGUGGGUUCAUACAACGGGCAAUUCCCUUGCCAUUGCCAACAGAAAAUAAAUCACCAGAUAAGGAUUCACGCUCUCGUUCACGUUCCCGAUCUCGUUCUCGAGGUUCGCGUUCACCCAAAUUCACAUCACGUUCACGUAGUCGCUCACGUUCCGCUUCCAAUGGUAUUGGCGACUAUAAAAGCCGAAACAAGAAAUCGCAUCGUUCUCGUAGUCGCUCACGCUCCCCACCAUCAAAUAAGAAUAAGAAGAAGUCCAGACAUUAUUCACGAUCCCUAUCGAGCUCACCACACGUAAAACAUCGCAAAAGGAAAUCAUCCAGAGAACAUGAUCGUAAUGAUUAUUAUUCCAAUAAGGAGCGUAUGAGCAGCAGUGAUAAAUAUCGUGAACGGGACAAGUAUCAGGAGUAUAAGGAGUCCAGCAAGCAUCAUCAUGGUUACUCCAGUAAACAUCAUCACGGAUAUUCGAAUCGAGGAUCAUCACAUCGCGGUGGUCAGAAGCAUCGGUCAAGCGAUCAUGAACGCUCCCGCGAUCGUAAGAGGUAAAAAUGUUCUCACCUAUGUACCUAUGUAGAUUUGUGACUACGAUCCUAUAUAUGCAUAUGCAUUGUGUUUAAUUCGCUUUUGUUCACGUACAUUAAAUAACAAUUUAUUAUAAUCAAAAAUAGUGAACGAACUUAAUAUUAUAUUAAACAAGAUAUCAAUAAUAAACACCUAAUUUUUGAAAAGCGAA